GGACCGCGGGAUGCCAGGUCCCGAUGGGACACAAGGAGUGCCGGGCAUCCGGGGACUUCCUGGAGAGGCGGGGCGUGCAGGACCUCAGGGGGAGAAAGGAUCUCCAGGACAGAAGGGGGAACUUGGGCCUAAAGGAUCUUCGGGGAUCCAGGGCCCAGCAGGAACACCUGGAGUGGAUGGCCUUGCAGGCCCAAAGGGCAGUCCUGGUGAUCCUGGUGCCGCUGGGUCUCCUGGAGAGCCAGGUCUGAAGGGUAUGAACGGAGAGUCAGGGUUUCCAGGUUUACAAGGACCAAUGGGACUGCCAGGGUUCAAAGGUCAUAAGGGGGACUACGGUGAAGAGGGCCCGAGAGGAAGUCAGGGAGAGCGAGGCGGCGAAGGAACCCCCGGGAUCCCAGGCACACCGGGGGAAACAGGGCCCAGGGGAAGCAAAGGAGAGAGAGGAGUGUCGGGCGACCCAGGGUCCAGAGGCCUGGAGGGGAAGAAGGGAGACACGGGACACAUCGGAAUCGUCGGAGCGCGAGGGUCUCCAGGACAAGAUGGUUUACCAGGACAACCCGGCGUCCCUGGAUACCCUGGAAAGCCUGGAAAGCCUCCCUCGGAUGAGCACUUACUGAAACUGUGUGGAGAUAUGCUGAGGAACCAGCUGCCCCAGCUUCUCCAGUCCAUGGUCCCCAGGAGCUGUGAGCCGUGCGAGACGGUCAAAGGCCCCCCAGGUCAUCCAGGAACACCAGGCCUCAAAGGUUCCAUGGGCACCCCGGGCUACCCAGGCAGGCACGGCUCGCAGGGAUAUCCCGGACCCCCAGGCAUGCAAGGACCCCAUGGGGUUAAAGGUGAUACAGGAGCAAAGGGACUUAAAGGAAACAAGGGAGAAGGGAGACCAGGCCACUCAGGACUCCCUGGACCAAUGGGUGCCCAGGGACCGCGCGGAGGUGACGGGAUCGGCCUUCCGGGCUCACAAGGCAUGCCGGGCAAAUCCGGGUUCCCCGGGCUCCCUGGGAAGCGAGGGCCCCCGGGGCUGGCUGGCGUGUGUGACAUGUCCAUCUGCUACCAGGCCUUCAGCCACCGGGAGGACCGCUUCAGCAAAGGGCCCAACUUCUAACCGCCGCCCCCCUCCACACCCCCACACACACACACACACACACACACACACACACACACACACCUCUGCCUCCGAGGCAGGGCUUUGACGUGAUCACGGUGACCCAGGGGGACAGAAGAGGAGACGUGUCAUCUCAUUGGACGUCAGGCUGCUCCGAGUCACACAGUCUCACAGCCACGGCCAGACUGACCGAGCAGAAAGGCCGGCGCUGGCCUCAAUGGUUGUUUGUGACUGUAAAAAGAUGCCCGCAUCAGCCUCCACAUGCCUUUCCUCCAGACUGAGGACACCCUGUCAUCACAUCAUGAUAAUUCUGCAGCCCCCUCAGCAUUUGAAGAUAGUGAUCAAUAAGGAUGUCUAUAAUUAUAGUAUAACCUUUGAACAAGUUCAGUGUACAAAAGGAUAGCUCUGAAUAGCAAUAGCCAUUGCAUUUGGACAGAAACUUUGGGAUCUUGUACAUAAUUUGCACUGCCUUAGUUAAGCUACCUCCAUGCUGGGCACGAGGCAUACGUGUAGGAUUCAGCAGUUUCACUAGUAGUGUUUUAGUUAGAUCACAUUCAUAUCCCUUUCACAAAACUUUGUCUGAUUUUGCAGUCGUGUCUGUUCAUUGUAAAUAGGUCACAGCAGUCCUAGAUAUUUUGACAGCGUGUUAUCAAUCCCUUUUUUAAAGUAUAAGCCAUUGACCAUACCUAAAAUAGCCUAUGUUUUUACCUGCUGAGGAUAAUAUUAAAAGGCAUAUGGUGUGUAGCAAUAUAAACAACCUGAAAGCAAGUGAUGUAAAUAAGACCUGUAUGUAAACGGUAUGGAUGUCAGAACAUAUGGAGGUAUGCAAGGAAGAAAAUGAGGUGGAUGCAUAGGCCACUAUGGAGCUAUAAGACUCAGGAACUUCUUUUUCUGCUGUUUGACACGGUCAUACCCAAGCUACCUACAACAAGUUUUGGGAUCUUCAUCCUUGUUCAGCUAUACCCUGCAGAGUUGAUUAUUUUGUUAUUUAAUCAUUAGUAAUAUUAUUUUUAUAUUCUUUUGGCUGGUAUUAUUAGAAACUGUAUAUUGCCGUACUGUGAGCUCCCUGGUAUGAUAUUACAGUAUACUAAAACGGCGAUAUGGCCUCCGUUUUGGCAUUUGCAUUCUCACACUUUUCACUUUUGCGACUCAGUUGAUGAUGGUGUUUACUGAUAGUUGAGGGGGUGAUUUUGAAUGGAGAUGUAUUGAGAAAUUAGCAUCAAACCAAAUCAUGGCUCUGGCUCUCCUGUUGCAUUUAGUGUGGCCUAUAUAAAAAAGUGUCAAAUGUUUAAUGACAGUUCUAAAAGCACUACAGCAUAGAUGUAAUGAACAGACUAAUCAGGACCUCCAUAACACUGUGAUGGCUGGAGUGCUGUGCUCCUGUGUUAUUGCAUUACAGUAUGUAUUGUAACAGCGGUGAGAGUACGGAGCAGUGGAAUGAAAGCAACCAAUGCUUUGUAAGUUUGUAUUUGUGUGUGUGUGUUCGUUGGAGUGUCUGUCUCUUCCUGUUUACCUGUGUAUGAGUGUGUCUGCACGUGCGCAGAUGGACGUAUGUGGUGUGUAUGUCUGUGUAUGUGUGUGAGCAUGUUUUUUUUGGUCAUCUUUAUGUUCUAUAUAUUCCCUGCGGUCUUCCAGAUCUGUAUCAAAUUAACAAGCAUCUCUUACAGUCAGGCCAGGACUCAGUUUGAAGAAAGAAGCCCUCCGUCUCUUCAAAAUGUUAAUACUUUAAGACAUGUAAGUUGCAUUGGUUUAGAACGACCUUUUCUAAAGAAUAUGAAAAUAUAAAUAGUUUUGUACUUUUGUAAUGAAUGUUCUCAUGCUUGCAAGGAGUGGGUUUUCAAAUAUGUCUUCUUUGUAUAUGUAAGAACAGAUAUGAAGUAGAAAGUGUUUAUAUUUCCCCUAAAAUUGUACCAAAACAACACUAAAUAUGUUUGUAUGUAUUGUUGAUGAGAUAUGUAUUGUUUCAUUUUGUUUCAUUAUGUUGUUUUUAAUUUCAGCAGGGGACAAAGAAUUCCCUAUUUUACUUGAAGUAACUUGUCAAGAGAUCCUUAAAGUAAGAAAUAAAGUAUGAUAUACACAUUGUUUUCAUUAUAACUUUCUUUUUUAUAACAUUGAAACAAAUCGGUUUAAAUGAGGUUCAUCUAUAAAAUGGUGCUUUAUUGUCGACGUAACGUUUUUUGUUGUUGUUUACAGUUGAAUUAAAAGUAUUUGAACCAUUCAA